UGGGAUAAGAAGUGGCUUGUUGCUGGCUUAGUAGUUACGUAAGAGAUGCAGUGCGAUAUAACAGUCGAUGUAAUGUGCAAUAUAGCUAGUAUGUUUCCUAGUAAACCUAUCUCCAGUCUACCGUUCGCUCUCAGUGCACUGACCACAGUUCUGGCUACAGUCAGUAUAUCCUCAGAUGAAGAGGUUAAUGCUCUGGACGAGUAUGAUAAAGUAUUGUAUGAAGAUUGCACUGGUUGGCUUUCUCAGACUGGGAAUGCUGCAAGGGAACUGUGUGUCGCUGGCGGGGGCUUGUUAAGGAGUACCGCUGCGAGAGAAUUUACCCUUGGCCCUUUGACCGCUGGAUCCCCCCUGCCCACAGGACUCCGAUUCCCCCUACUCAUGUUCCUCCCCCACCACGAUGGCUAUCUUUGAAGGAUUUCGUGCCUUACUUUAGAUAAAGGUUAUUUUAUUAAUGUGAACAACUGUGCCUCAUGUUAACUAGACUGCUUCAUACUUCAACUUAAUGUUCUUUAAUAAAAUGAGUGAUUUAAUUGUUAAAA